UUCUGCUGCAUAAAUCUAUAGAAAUAUAAUCUUGUCGAUAAGCAUCGUGAAGCGGUCUUCUACCGAAGGUGUACAUGAAGGGACGUAGGCCUAUUGUGGCCUUAUUGUGCAUAUAACACCAAAACUAACUUGUUGUGGGCGGAUGAAGAGGAUAUUACAUACUCAUUUCAAGCAUUAAAUGAUGUAAAGGGUAGGUGAGAAAACUCGCUAGUCUUGCACCUUAUAGUAGUUGAGCAAGAGGAGACUGGAAGAUGACCGUAUGGAAUUAAUUCAUACACCUAACCGAACCGUUUCUACCAGCCCCCCAUAUAUACAUUCCUAUAAUACAUCCAUCUCUGACUUGCUAGAAUGGUAGUACCACGAGCUUGCCAUCACAACCAAUGAACCAACCGUUCUUUUCUCUGCUAAAAUAAUAAUUUUUGAAAAUUAUUUUUAAUGGUUUGUACAUUGAAGGAAAUACCACUUUUGACUUUGUGUGAAAUCAUAAAUGUUAUACAUGAAUACUGAUUUGUUAACUUAAAGUACAUUUUUGAGUCGAGAAAAGAAAAUAGCGACCAGUGCAUCCUAUAUAUAGAUGUAAAUUUUAUAUCUAUUCAUCCUAAGCUUUAUAAAUUUCUUAUAAAUUUUUAGUAUUAAGAAAAAUGUUGAUGCGAUCAAUAAGAGAAUAAGAGAUUUUGGAUAAGUAAAGCGUCAUAUUUACAUCCUACAUAUAGGCGUAUGGGUAGCGUUGCUCUUUGAGUUAACCUAUGGGCUAUGGCCUUACUUGAAAAAGGAAAAAAUAAAAAUAAAAAAAAUCCGUCACUCUCACUUGAAUGCGUUUUCCCUCAAAGACUUCAUUAACUCUUGCCACUUCAAUUGUGUAACAUCAUAUUCUUCACACCAAACACAAACCCAAGUGAGCUCUUUCUGAAUAAACAAACCACCUUCAAUGGUCGCACAAAUGUGGAAAGCACUUCCCACAUGCGCAGCAGAGGAGCCAGGAAAUUCAAUGAAUACUUAGUGCUCUCUGCAACACAAGCUCGCUCUAUGGAGCAGCAGUGCAAAAAAUAUGGCAGGUGGCGGAUUUGCUGCUGAAUUCCCCGCCUCCGAUUACGGCGGAUCUCUAACGACCUCUGUUAUCGUCACCUGCAUCAUGGCGGCCUCCGGCGGCCUUAUUUUUGGCUACGACAUCGGGAUCUCAGGGGGUGUGACGACCAUGGAAUCAUUUCUGAGAUCCUUCUUUCCCAGCGUUUUGAAGAAGAUGGCAGAAGCCAAGCAGGACGACGAAUACUGCAUGUAUGACAGCCAGGCGCUAACGGCAUUCACAUCGUCGCUGUACGUCGCCGGGCUGGCUGCAUCGCUGGCCGCAGGCCGCCUCACAAAAGCCGUCGGCCGCCAGACGAUCAUGCUCCUCGGCGGGGCCCUGUUCUUCACUGGCGCCACCGUCAAUGCCUCCGCCGCCAAUGUCGAGAUGCUCAUCCUCGGUCGGAUUCUCCUUGGGUUCGGUGUCGGAUUCACCAACCAGGCUGCUCCGGUGUAUCUGGCGGAGGUGUCGCCGGCGCGGUGGCGCGGUGCCUUCACGACAGGCUUCCAAUUCUUCAUCGGCGUCGGCGUCGUCGCCGCCAACCUCACCAACUACGGCGCGGCCCGCCUUCGCAGCUGGGGGUGGCGCCUCUCCCUCGGCCUCGCAGCCGCCCCCGCCUGCGUCUUCAUCCUCGGCGCCCUCCUCAUCCCCGACACCCCCAGCAGCCUCCUCCACCGCGGCAUGCCCAUCGACACCGCCCGCGCCGCCCUCCGCCGCCUCCGCGGUUCCUCCGCCGACGUCGACGCCGAGCUCAACGACAUCGCGCGCGCCGCCGAGGACGCGCGCCGGAACGAGGAGGGGGCGUUCGCGAGGAUGGUGCUGGGGCGGCGGUACCGGCCGCAGCUGGCGAUGGCGGUGGCAAUUCCGCUGUUCCAGCAGCUGACGGGGGUGACGGUGGUGGCGUUCUUCGCGCCGGUGCUGUUCCGGACGGUGGGAUUCGGGAGUGACGGGGCGUUGGUCGGGGCCGUUAUUUUGGGAUGCGUGAACUUGGCCUCGAUCCUCGUGUCCGCGUUCACGGUCGACCGGCUCGGCCGCAGGAAGCUGUUUAUAGUCGGUGGGGCCCAGAUGAUCAUUUGCCAGGUACUGCAGUGCUACACAACAGCCACAGGAACACUUGUAUUUGCUAAUACAUCUUUUAUUUAUGCAAGAGAAGGUGGCGGUGGCUUGGAUAAUGGGGGCGAAAAUCGGCGCCGAUGGCGAGGCGGCAAUGCCGAAAGGGUACGCAGCGGCCGUGCUGGUGCUGAUGUGCGCCUUCUCUGCCGGGUUCGGGUUGUCAUGGGGGCCGCUGAGCUGGAUCAUCCCGGGGGAGAUCUUCCCCGUGGAGGUCCGGUCGGCGGGGCAGGCGAUCAGCGUGGCCGUCAACCUCGGCUGCACCUUCGUCCAGACGCAGCUCUUCCUCGCCAUGCUCUGCCGGUUCAAGUUUGCCACCUUUGCAUACUUCGCCGCCUGGGUCGUGGUCAUGACCGCCUUCGUCGCCGCCUUCCUCCCCGAGACCAAAGGGGUGCCCCUCGAGUCCAUGGCCUCGGUGUGGGAGCAUCACUGGUACUGGGCUCGGUUCAUCGCCGAUGACAAUCGUGCCGACAAUUCAAAAGUGAAUAUUAACAUCCGUUAGAUUCUCUUAUAUCUAAAAGUGAAAGCGGUCAUGCAACAUUAGUUCCCAGCUUCAAAUU